GUGUAAUCGACCCAGGUAUUGGGGUGCUGGCGUGGCCCUCCCGUCAGGGGGCCGGAGUGACACACUAUCUGCCAGGACUGCCACUGGAUGAAGGUUGACAUGGUUUCAACAUGGUGCUUAAGUGGCUUUGUCUUUCUUGCGGCGGUUUGGACCUCGUCGACGCGCGGUGCUUUCAAAUAUCGUGGCAUUUUUCCGAGGGCGAUUUUUACUUCGGGCGUGGCGAUUCCAACUAUGCGGGCCUAUUCCCUUAUUGGCCCAGCUAGUCCUUUCACGAGCACGUUACAUUUGGCGGUACCCUUUGAUUGGCAGCACAACCAAUCUCUGCACCACACAUGUCCUAAAGCAUCCUGGGUACUGGUGUUAUCCGGGUGUGGAAAGUCGCUUCUUCAUGGAGACGUGGGCAGGCAGAUGCGUGAUUGCACACCUGGAUGAUUGCUGGGGGCCUUCUCGAAGGUCUCGGUCAUCGUCUCACCGGACGUGGCACCGCUGACAACGGUGAAGCGGCGGUUGGUUGUUUUUGCUCUUGAAUCGGGUACUUCGCAUGCAGACAUUUCGACUCUGUCAACCUCCCAGGCUUUAAACGUGUACUCCAAAUCAACAGGCUGUGAGUCACCAUUGCCUUUGACUCUCCCAUUUUCAUGUUGAGAUUUGUAGUCGCGAUGUCAUGGGCACUCGUUUUCUUUUAUUGUGUCUCCUCUCUUGUACUCCACUCCUUCUUACCACCCAUUCAUCUGUAGUUUUUUCUUUCUUUCUCUUCGUCUCGUCAAUGCCACCUAAAAUUGUCCUAACCGCAUUCCGCUUGUUAUCUCGCGCUCCCUUAUGA